GCACGACAAAUGCAAAGACGAUAUGCAACAAGGCCAGCCACCUGCUCAGCCGCCACCGCCACCGCGCAGCGUACGGUUUGCAUAUUCAGAGGAAGUCAUUCCAUCCCUUGCUCCAAUUCAGCAGGAUGAGCGCGCAUCGGAUCGACCACAUAUUCCCGCGCCUCUCCAGCGGGAAUCUGGGAAUGGCUUGCUUGGACUCAAGGUUCGCAACUUUGGUCCGUUGGUCAUCACUCAGAACUACCAAGGAAUGGGAGGCACGGGAAGCGCCGUUUGGCAAGCCGCCGAAGCCAUGCUGCAAAUGAUGAAGCUCCCCGCCUACAUGUCGAUGCUCCACGGCCGAAAAGUCCUGGAGCUCGGUGCCGGCACGGGUAUCAAUUCCAUCGCCGCGGCCAUGUCGAAUGCCACAGUCGUGGCCACUGACAAGGACCCCGACUCGCUCGUACUGGUUCAAAGCAACAUCCAAGCAAACCAGCAUCUCCUUCCGAGUCGACACCAUGUGGCCGUCCGCACGUUGGCGUGGGGCAACCAAGAGAACAUCCAGGCCAUCAAAGACGAGUUUGGACUGUUCGACGUGAUCCUCGGCAGUGACUUGCUAUUUGAAGCCCUUCAUGGAGAGCUUCUGGUCACGAUAUACGAGCUCUGUGCGAUGCAGGGCGUGGUGAUUCUCACGCACUCGCCACGAGACUACCGUCGAGAGCAAUCGCUGCUCGACAGUUUCUCUGCCUACUUUACCACGAACGAGGUUCGACUUACUACGAUCAUACAUACCUUAAGGACGUGCUGUGUAGUCCAAAGUUCCGGGCACGUCGGUUGUCUGUACCAUACUUACGCGCAAAGUGAGGUAUUAUUGAACACCAACGAAGUCUGACAAGCUAAACCAGGGGCAACUACACUACUACUCUAGUAGUAGGUAUAACAAUAACUAUGUAGUAGUACAUAUACACUAUAGCAAUCCGUAAGAAAUCAAUGGGCUUACGUUAUCCCUCUUCGUUCAAGGCCGAGUAUGACUGCGUCGAAC